AUGGACAACUUUCUGACUAAUGUCCCAUUCACAACAUCAGGCGCCCUAGUGGACAUAGUCGACAAAAAAAUUCUGGUGUCGUUACGGGAUGGUAAAAAGUUGAUCGGCGUACUAAGGUCGUAUGACCAAUUUGCCAAUCUUGUAUUACAAGACACGAUCGAGCGCAUCCAUGUACGAAUCGAAUCGGAAGAAGAUGCUCAGCAGGAUAAUCAGACCGAGCAAGAUGGCAGUGACAACCAGAGGACUCAGAAGAAUAAGACGAAGAAGGGGAUCUGUAAAUACACAGAUGUCUGGCGGGGUAUCUAUCUCGUCAGAGGAGAGAAUGUGGUCCUGUUAGGCGAAAUAGACUUGGAUAAGGAGGACGAGAUCAUCAAGCAGUUCGAGUGUGAUACCGUCGAGACCGUCUCCGAACUCCAACGCCAGGAGGUCCAGCGGAAGACAGACCGGGUCAAGAAGGAUGAGAAGAUCCUCUUCGAUAGGCUCGGCUUCAGUAAGGAAGGUGAUGAGGACGACCGCUAUUGA